GUCUUGGAAUUACAGUACACUGGCUUCUAUCUCUCAGCUAUAAUUUUAGAUGCGCCUGAUAUCCUUCAAGGUUGAAGGGGAAUUCCACAAAUGUCGAAUCCUGAUCUUCGUAAUAAUAAUAAGUGACGGUUUACUAGAAGCAUUUAGUAGUAUGCCUAAAGCUAUCAUAUGAUGCCAGUGACCAGCCAAUUCAUAUCCAUAGUACUGGUUCCGGCCACGUACCAGUGAUAGAUUCCGCUGAUAAACGCCGCGAUUUACUAGUCAGGGUAUAAUUAUCAACCUCAUAUAGACGGAAGGCACUGACCGGGUCGAAGGUAGGCCGAGUCACUCUUUUCUCUUCCAAAUUCUUCCUCCCAGGCCAGCAACGAUGUCUAUCAAUCCACCAUCUAUACUCCAUCCAGUGUUCAAUGCCGCUCAGCCGUUUCCCCCACUUCCUGAUAUCAACAAGGACAGCAUUCGGACGCAGGUGUUUACACAUCGCUCAUAUUACGGACGCCCGAAUCAUGUAUUCGAGGAUCAACCACAGGACCCGAGCUGUGGUCUGGUCGUGACCGAGCUUCUCCUGGAUAUGUACCCCAACUUGCGCGUUGGGCCAUCUACGAAAAUCCGAGCCCUGGUCGUAGGCAACUCCACCCUUGCCGACAUCUCGCGCAUGUACGACCUACCAAGAAGAUUGCGUCUGCAUCCUGCGCAGGCAAUUACCUUGCGCGCUUCCUCCUACGUGGGCGGGCUCUAUCUCGAGCAGGAUCUGCUGGGAGUCGAGCCCUGGUUGAAAGCCCUGUUUACGCCUUACGCGACUGAGGCUUACAAACGUGUACGGGAGCAACAUCGUCUCCCGCCCAUUCCGACGACUGCUCUUGUCGCGCCUGAUUCAGUUCUGUCCUCACCCCCACCUUCGCCCCCUCACCCCCGCCCCUGCACUACCUCCACGACCAUAGGCCAUCUCGCGCUGUUCAAUCAGCAGCUCCAGAAGGCCAACAGGAUAGUCGAGUGGAUCUACGCAGACGGGACUGGUGAAGGCACGAAGACGACUCCAAUUUGGCUCGUCAGGUGCGAAGUAGAUGGAGAAAUUUACGGUUGCGGACAAGGUGGGACCAAGAAAGCCGCCCGAAACGAAGCUGCCAAAGAGGGUCUGAAGAAGAUGGGCAUCGAAGUCUGACAAUGGCUGAGGCGGGCUUUCAGCACUGUCUCUCCAGACUCGCGCUGGCUGGAGAUCUAUUCUUCUAUUGGUGGCAUCGUCGGCCUGCGCCAGUGUGUAGAGGUUGUGUAUGAGACGUUGCGUCAAUGCGUCAACAUGAAUGUGAAUUGCUUCUCAAUCGUCUCGAUUUCUUGAUUCUUGAUUUUGGCUUUUCGCACUAUCCAGUUUUAUGAAAGGGGCUGGAUCGAACGAGAGUGUCCAUACAUAUAUAUGCGAAAUGGUCUACUAUUAGUUUAUCGUCUUGUACUUUGCUGUAGAAGUUUUUCAUCAAUGUUAUUGUGCUUUCGACUUUUGAUAACUUA